CUCUUCUCCUAACAUCCACUUCACCCCCAAAACAAACACAAAGCAUAUCCAAACAAAAAAACAAGACAGAGAAAAUUUUGGACAGAGAAUUUUCUUCUCCAUCCUCUUUUCUCUCUGCUUCCUCUUCCUCUCCAAUGUCAAACAAAUUCAUGUUUCUUGCUCCUCAAGCUACCCGUUUUCUCAUCUGAUCCCAGUGCAGGAAAACUUUUUUCUGAUCCUCACAAAGCCCUCCGUUUUCCUGCACUUUUCAGCAUUGUUUCCUAAUAGAAAUGAACCGUAAUGUUCUUGUUUUAUUUUCUUUUAUUUCGUUCUUUACUAUUAGUUAUAAAACAACCCUAGUUUCAUGCAAAGACCCGGAUUCUUACGUCCUCGCCUGUGGCGCGCCGAGCGACGGCACCGACGGCGACGGCAGAACAUGGGUGGCCGACACAAAACAUGUUAAAGCUCCUGGGAAUUCAAUUGUAGCCGCCGCUGAUACUCAAGACCCGUCGUUGCCGUCUACGGUACCGUACAUGACCGGAAGAUUAUUCACGAAUGAAUUUACGUAUACGUUUCCCGUUCCGUCAACUAGCCGGAUUUGGGUCAGGUUACAUUUUUAUCCGGCAACGUAUAGCUCUCUUGAUCCUAAUAACGCAUUUUUUGACGUUACUGCGAAUAAAUUACAGCUUCUUAAAAACUUCAGCGCUUCCAUUACGGCCAAAGCUUUAACAAUGGCGUAUAUUAUUAGAGAAUAUUCUUUAUCACCGGUUAAUACAGGCAAUCUUGCUAUUACAUUCACGCCCACAAAGGGAAAUUCUGAUACGUAUGCUUUUGUUAACGGAAUUGAAGUUAUUCCGAUGCCGGAUAUUUACCAAUCCGCAGGGAUGGUCGGGUUUAGUGAUCAGACGGUUGAUCUGACUGCAUCUUCCAUGCAAACUAUGUUCAGGUUGAACGUUGGUGGGCAGUUUAUUCCUUCAACUAAUGAUUCGGGUCUUACAAGAAUAUGGUACGAUGAUACACCGUAUAUAUUUGGUGCUGGUGUGGGUAUUACCAAUCAAGCUAACAUUAAAAUUCAGUAUCCUACGACAGAUGUGCCUAAAUCUAUUGCACCGUAUGAUGUUUACAGUACUUCGAGAUCGAUGGGGACGGAUUCGAAGGUGAAUGUGAAUUUUAAUCUUACUUGGUUAUUUGAUGUUGAUGCUAAUUUUACUUAUCUUGUGAGGUUCCAUUUUUGUGAAUAUGAAUUGACAAGGGCUAAUCAGAGAGCUUUUAAUAUUUAUAUUAAUAAUCAAACGGCUCAAGAGGGUGCUGAUGUGAUUGGUUGGGGAGGAUCUAAGGGUGUCCCUGUGUUUAAGGAUUAUGCUAUGUAUGUUGGUGAUCAAGCUGGGGAUGAUGAGUUGUGGGUUGCAUUGCAUCCUAGUGUUGAAUUGAAGCCUGAAUAUUAUGAUGCAAUUUUGAAUGGGUUGGAGGUUUUUAAGCUUAGUGAUCCUAAUGGGAAUAUGGCAGGGCCUAAUCCUGUGCCUUCUGCAAUGUUGCAAGUUGCUGAAGAAAAGAAGAAAUUUAAACCGAAAAGCUCGAAUGGCGGUCCGAUUAUCGGUGCUAUUGCUGGUGGGGCAGCUGGAUUAGCCGUAGCGGCUAUUAUAUCGAUUUUCGUUCUGAGAAAGAAGCGUGGUCUUACCGGAAGUCAGUCCGGGAGUCAUAAUUGGCUGCCGCUUUACGGUCAAUCCCACACUUCAGGAAGCAAAUCAACAAUUUCAGGCAAAAGCACUGCUAGUAGUCACCUAUCAUCUGUUGCACAAGGUCUAUGUCGCCAUUUUUCGCUCCCCGAAAUCAAACACGCUACGAAGAAUUUCGAUGAGAAUAAUGUGAUUGGAGUUGGAGGAUUUGGAAAAGUUUAUAAAGGGAUUAUUGACCAUGGAACAAAAGUUGCAAUCAAAAGAUCAAACCCAUCUUCAGAACAAGGAGUUAAUGAGUUCAAUACAGAGAUUGAGAUGCUGUCUAAGCUGAGACACAAACAUUUAGUGUCAUUGAUUGGAUUUUGUGAAGAAGAUGGUGAGAUGGCUCUUGUUUAUGAUUACAUGGCAAAUGGAACCAUGAGAGAACACAUUUACAGAGGAAAUAAACCUACCUGUUCCUUGUCAUGGAAGCAAAGGUUAGAAAUUUGCAUAGGAGCUGCUAGAGGACUUCAUUAUCUUCACACAGGUGCCAAAUACACAAUCAUUCACAGAGAUGUGAAGACAACAAACAUUCUGUUGGAUGAGAAAUGGGUAGCGAAAGUCUCCGAUUUCGGAUUAUCGAAAACCGGUCCCAAUCUCAACAGCCAGAGCCAUGUCAGCACAGUGGUAAAGGGUAGCUUUGGAUAUUUAGAUCCUGAGUACUUCAAAAGACAACAACUCACAGAAAAAUCUGAUGUUUACUCAUUUGGGGUUGUUUUAUUUGAGGCAUUAUGUGCUAGGCCAGCAUUAAACCCUAAUCUGGCUAAAGAACAAGUUAGUCUUGCAGAUUGGGCAUUACAUUGUCAAAAAAAGGGUAUCAUUGAAGAUAUGAUUGACCCCCAUAUUAAGUCUGAAAUUCAACCAGAAUGUCUCAAGAAAUUUGCGGAAACCGCCGAAAAAUGCCUGUCUGAUCAUGGAAUCAAUCGUCCUUCAAUGGGAGAUAUACUAUGGAAUCUUGAAUUUGCUCUUCAAUUGCAAGAUAAUCCUGCUGGAGCUAAACUGGUCUCAGAAAAGAAAGGCAUUGAUACUUAUGGAAUAACCAAACAAAUGCAUAGCAUUGAAGAGGAGAGUUCACACAGUGAGGAUACGGAUGAGUUCAACAACACUGAAAUUUUUUCACAGAUAGUCAAUCCAAGAGGAAGAUGAAUUGGAGCAAUUUAAUUUUCUGUUAUUUUCUGUUGUCAUAUUAUUUACUUUUUUUUUUAUUUUCUUUUGUAAUCAUCACCUUUUACAGUUUCUUCUUCCUUUCUUGAAGCUAUGAACUAAUAAUAGUUAGGCUCUUUGAUGAACUUGCAAAUCUUUUUAUGUAACUUCUCUGUUUUAAAUGUUCCUCUCUUGUUAUUUAAGCUUCUUGUGGCUUGUAAUCUUCUUGAUUUGCCUUAAUUUUAUUUUACAAUGGAUAUGUGAUUAUUAGUUACAACAA